CAGUUAAUUGAGUUCAUUACACGCGCGAACUUGGCCGCAAACGCGUCUUCCCAGCCCUCAUCUACGAUCAACGAUUCUCAAAAGGCCUACAUGGCCCAGUAACGACCAGUCAGAAUCAAGCAUGAGCUGCUCAGGAUCCGGCUGGCAGCAGUCGAAGCCUCUACGGAAACCUCUAGCCCAGAAACCUCUUGUCGCCCUUGACUUUGUUCAAAACCGGAUCACGCCGCAGAAGACGCCUGGAGGAGCCAAAGUCACGCCGGCAACCACGACGAAGCAGAGUGGACUGGCCGCUUUUGGUUUCGUAGGUAAUGACGAAAAUGCCAUCGCCCAAGGAGUACGAGGAAGAGAGAUAGUGCUACCAACGCCACCCCGCACAACCCUCAAACGAAAACGCACACCCAUUAUCACCGUCCAAGCAUCCCGCGAGUCGACGCCAGAGGAGGAAGUUCUCGGUGGUAGUCCACCGUUGCCGAGUCAGAGGCUGUGUCAGGGGACUGUACUGUUGAGGAGACGGAGCGUGGUCGAGGAUUCGGAGAGGGAGAGGAGUGAUGAGAUCUUGGUGGGGAGUUCGCCUGUUGUGGCUGUAAGAGAGCAGGAGAGGAAGAAGCUGUUGGUUACCCUGCGGUAUCGAAAGAGGGUAUGCGUAGCAGUUGUACCGACGUCUGUACGCAGCUUGGAAGCUGAAGCGGGAGAAGUGGAGAACAUCGAGGUACCGAGCAGUAUGCCUUGGGAACGGGACGUGCUGGACUGGUGGUCAGAGGACGACGAGACAGGCAAGGCUGUUCGGUCGGAAGAACAAGACCAGAAGCACGAUUCGGUUGAGGAAGUACCAUCUUCAGAUGUCGAGGACCCUGCGGACGAGGUUUCCGAUAUGGAGGUCGACGAUGACGAUGACGACCAGAGUCUCGAUCUCGCACCCGUCCCCGCUCCCGCAGCACAAUCAGUACCACAAUCUCCUGUCGACAGUCCCACUACUAGCGAGAAUUUCCGACUACCUGAGACGCUUUUGGAGACAUGUAUGCCACCCGGAUGGCAGGGUAUGGACCUUACACUGCGAUCCUCACCGAUACAGGCUGGGUAUACGGUUCCGCAGAUGCCUGCGGAUACGAUGGAUGAGACUGUGGACGUGGAGUCAGCACCAGAAGAGCAGAAUGCCGGAGAAGCUGAACGAGAAACACACUUGAGGGAACUGGUGUACGUCGAGGAUACACAGGCUCCGGACGUUGACGACGAGGAUCUCGGACCACCAUCCACGCCACCCAUCGUCGACACAGAUGCGGCAAGCGAGAUGCCACCACCGGCGCUCCCAACGCCAAAGCGAGGUUUCGUGGAAGAGACGCAGAUGCCAUGGGACACACAAGAAGAAGCAGACCUCGGUCUGAGCCAGCCGGCGUCACCGAACAAAUCACAGCGAACACCAGAGCGAACUCAGUCUCCUCACUCACCCACGAAACCACACAGCACCCCACCCUCUCCCUCACCCCCCUUCACCCGCUCCCGUCUCCCUCUCGUCGACCCCGAGCAAAACACCCUCGGUACCCUUCACCUACCCUCAAGCAUGCUAAACUCAUUUAUGCCGCCCCCGAUGGGGAGUCAAUGCUGGGCGAGUUCGGGACAGAGUGUGAAGAGUGUUGGGAACCCGGAGGAGAGUCAGUUGCCGGAGGAUUGGUUGUUGGAUGAUGAGCUUUAGUUUUAGCCAGAGCAUGAGUCACGGUUACGGUUACGGUUACAGAUUCAAUGAUUAUGGUAACCAACCUCCAUUUCCAUGUUCCCACCGCUCCCAGCCG